CGACAUGUGACCGUUUUAGUAGAAUCUAAUUGGCUGGUCUAGCGUGGUUUUGAAAACAUCUUGUGAUUUGAGGCGGAGGGAAAGUUCAAACCUGUAUAUACAGAAACUGGAGAAAAGAAGAGAAAGGUUACAAUGAAUAGACAGGCAAAGGGUAAAACGCCCCGGAGGCCCCAAAAAACUCCCUCAAGUAACCAGAAAGACCCAGUUGGGGUCUACUGUCGUGUGCGACCACUGGGUCCAGAGGAUGAAGAAUGCUGUAUUGAGGUUAUUAGUGACACUACCAUCCAGCUACACACUCCUGAAGGCUUCAAAACAAACCGCAAUGGAGAGUAUAAAGAGACGCAGUAUUCCUUCAAAAAGGUUUUUGGGGUUUCAGUGUCUCAGAUGGAGCUGUUUGAGGAUGUGGCCAAACCUCUUGUUGAUGAUCUCAUCCAUGGAAAAAAUGGUUUGCUCUUUACUUAUGGAGUGACGGGAAGUGGAAAGACCUUUACCAUGACUGGCUCCCCAGGCCAGGGUGGACUUCUGCCUCAGUCUCUCAGCAUGGUCUUUAAUAGUAUUAGCUCCUACCAGGCUAAAAAAUAUGUGUUUAAGACAGAUGACAAAAAUGGUAUGGAGAUACAAAAUGAAGUUGAUGCUUUGCUGGAGCGUCAAAGGCGAGAAAACAACACACCGGCUCCGAAAACAACCUCCUCAAGACAAAAAGUUGAUCCAGAAAUUGCUGAUAUGGUCCGGGCAGAGGAUGCAUAUAAAGCAGAGGAUGUGGAUGAAGACAGCAGCUACAGCAUCUUUGUCUCUUACAUAGAAAUUUACAACAACUACAUAUACGACCUCUUGGAGGAAAAUCAGGAAGAUACAAUCAGACCGAAGUGGAAUGGUGGAGGCACACCUGUGCGCCAGAACACUGAGUUCAUACCACCUCAGUCUAAAAUCCUACGGGAGGAUCAGAAUCAUAACAUGUACGUGGCUGGUUGUAUGGAGGUGGAGGUCAAGUCUGCCGAGGAGGCUUUCCAAGUGUUCUGGAGAGGUCAGAAGAAGAGGAAGGUUGCCAACACCCGUCUGAACAGGGAGUCCAGUCGCUCGCACAGUGUGUUCAUUGUCAAGUUGGCUCAGGCUCCUCUUGAUGCAGAUGGUGACAACAUUCUCCAGGAUAAAAGCCAGGUGAUUGUCAGCCAGCUGUGUCUGGUAGACUUGGCAGGAAGUGAGCGCACUGGCAGAACAGGAGCAGAAGGCACUCGUAUACGUGAAGCAGGAAACAUUAAUCAAUCCUUGCUGAAUCUGAGGACCUGCAUAGAAAUACUUAGAGAAAACCAAAUGUGUGGCACAAACAAGAUGGUUCCCUACAGAGACUCAAAAAUAACCCAUUUGUUCAAGAACUAUUUUGACGGAGAAGGAAAAGUCAAAAUGGUCGUUUGUGUCAACCCCAAAGCUGAGGACUACGACGAGACCUUGCUGGUGAUGAGGUUUGCAGAGAUGACCCAGGAGGUGGAAGUAGCUCGACCAGUGGACAGGCCAAUCUACGGUUUCACUCCAGGUCGACGUAACAGAAACCAGGUCUUUAAGGAGGAGCUGUCCUGUAAACUGGAGGAGCGAGGAGGUCCAAUUGACAUGGACUUGCCCUCAGUUAUGAACAGCCUGGUUCAUAGCCUGCCACCUCUGCCGUCCUCUGAGCUGACUGACCCACAUGAUGACAUCACGCUGCCCCGGCUGAUUGAAGCACUACAGAACAGACACAGGAUCAGGCAGGUGAUGAUUGAGGAGUUCAGUAAAGCAGCCAACAUGAUGAAGUCUAUGCUUCAGGAACUGGACACCAAUGUGAUUUCCAAAGAUAAUUUUAUAUAUGAGCAAAAUGGGAAACUUUCAGAAAAAGACAAAAUCAUUCAAAACAACAAGGCAGAGGUGGAACGUUUGGAGAAAAUAACCAAAAAGCAGGAACAUAAGAUUGACAUCCUGCAGAAAACGACUAAGAUUUAUGAGGACGAUAAGCGCUCGCUGCAGCAGGAGCUGGACACCAGAGACCAUAGACUGCAGAGGGAGGUCUCUGAGAAGAGACGCAUGGAGCAGCGCAUGCACGGUGUGGUCUCAGACACACAGCACAAGUGGGAGAAAGAAUGUGAGAGACGUGUCAAUGCGAUGCAGCUGCAGAUGCAAAACAAGCUCUGGGUGAAAGAUGAAAAGCUGAAGCAGCUCAAGGCCAUAGUGACAGAGAGUAAGACACCGGGGCGUCCUGAUCCUCCUCCACGUCAGGUUCAGCAUCGCCCUCAGAGGCCCUCCAGAGAGGAGCGCACUCCCGCAAGGAGACCAGUCUCACCCACACCUAUCCCUACACAAACACCAGUACGUCCGCUGCAUCGUCGCUCCAGGUCUGCAGGUGGGGAGAAGUGGGUGGACCAUAAACCCACCUCCAGUAUGGACCUGGGAACUGUAUUGCAGCCAGUCAUCCCUAAUGCCAUCCAUGUGUCUGCACCCAGUGAGAAGGCUCUGUCUAAGUGUGACAGAUAUGUGUUGACACACCAGGAGGUGGCGUCUGAUGGGGAGAUACAGACUAAACUUAUUAAGGGAGAGGUGAUAAAAACCAGGAGUGGAGGACAGGCUGUCCAGUUCACAGACAUUGAGACUCUGAGACAGCAGCUCACCACGGUCCCAGGUCGUAAGAGAAAAUCUUCAGAGGGCGCACCAGCUAACAGUGUUCAAAAUGAUGGAGCCUGGACUGAUGUUGAGACGAGGUGCUCCGUGGGUAUGGAGAUGAGAGCUGGAUCAAACAUGGGUCCAGGUAUUCAGCACCAUGGGAUCACAAAACGUAGAAAACCUUGAACGCAGCUCAACUCGGCUCCUGAUACUGCUCUCCUUUUCACUCUCCUCCUCACGUGGCUGUUGUGCAAUAGUCGAACCUUUUUAUAUUUAGCUGUAGUUAUUCUAUUUAAACAAUUUUCUGUGCUUUUAUAUAUGCAACGGGUAUUUACAUGCUCACCAAAGGUAUUUUGUAAAAUGUUUUAUUUCGUAUUUGAAACUGUCUGGUCAAGGAAGGUGGCACACGUGCCGUUGAUUUUAAAGCUGGAACAAAUCCUUCAGUAGAGUUUGAAUAUCGCCUUUUUUCAGCAUUCUUUCUUGACUUGCAUAAGCGAGCUCUCCUGUCAUCAUGCUCCCUCAAGGAAUAAAAUUCCUUUCAAGCACCACUCUGAUGUGUGCAUCUGUGUCUGUGUAUGUAACAAAUGCUGCAAUGUAAAUUUUGUGUGUUUAUGUAUUUUGAAGCUCAAGAGAACCCCUGUAAAUAACCAUGGUGUUUUAAAAGGUUGUAAAAAAAAAAAAAAAAAAA